GAGUAUCGAGAGUAUUCAUAUCUAUGUUUGACCUAAUCUGCGAUUUGAUAUAUUGUAUUUUGUAACAUAAAAUCGCAAAGGGCAGUCAUUUCGAGAAUGUAGUUGUUCAUUUGUUGACAUUUUGGUCUUGUGUUAUGUUUAUAAUUUUUUAUAUUGCAAGGUGUCAGUGAAGCGAACCAUAUAAUCAAAUUAACUCGUAUAAGAACAAAGAAUAAGAAUUUACUGAAAGGUGAGAAAGAAUGCUUGCACCAGAAAUCGGUUCAACGAACGAUGGGCCAGUAUCUGUGUUAUCAGACACUGGCACGCCUGUUGUGACGACAGUGAAUGAAAAGGCCCCGUUAAUUUCUAAACGACGCUUCUUCAGCAGCUUGGCAAGUGCAUUUGGUUUCGGUUCUAACAGCAAUUUAAGUAGUGUUGGUUAUGUUGAAUUUGGGGCGAGUAAUGUGGAAUCUGGAAGAACCCUUGGAACAUUUGCAGGUGUUUUCAGUCCAGUGGCCCUCUCCAUGUUCAGUGCAUUACUAUUUCUUAGAGUUGGUUUCAUAGUUGGGAAUGCAGGGCUGUGGGUGACAUUGUUACAGUUUGUUAUAGCAUAUGGGAUCCUGCUCUUUACCGUGGCCUCAGUGUGUGCUGUCGCGACAAAUGGAGCAGUUGAGGGAGGUGGAGCCUACUUUAUGAUCAGUCGAACACUUGGUCCAGAGUUUGGUGGGUCAAUUGGAACCCUGUUCUUCUUUGCAAACAUCGUAAGCAGUGCCCUCUACAUUACAGGCUGCACUGAAGGCAUAGUUGAGAACUUUGGCACAUCAGGAUAUCUGGUGGGGGAAGGCAACAUAGGGCUGCCAGAUGGCCGGUGGUGGCGGUUUCUUUACUGCUCUUUCCUCAACGUCAUUAGUUUGGUUGUUUGUUUAAUUGGUGCCGAGAUGUUUGCCAAAACGAGUGUCGUGGUCCUGGGUGUCGUCUGCAUCUCCUUGCUCUCUGUGAUAAUCAGCUUCUGCAUUCACGGUCCUAUGAUGGUCCUGAUCCCAGAAGCAAACACUCUGAUCCAAAAUGGGUCGGUGCCUGUGUACCGCAACUACACCGGCUUCCAGCUGGACACACUCAAGGCAAACUGGCAUCAGCAGUAUUCGGUGGACUACUCAUCAGAUGGCAAAGUAGUUGACUUUGCAACAGUGUUUGGAGUUCUGUUUAGUGGUGUCACUGGGAUCAUGGCAGGAGCCAACAUGUCAGGGGAACUUCGUGACCCGGCUCGCAAUAUCCCACGCGGAACGUUGUCAGCCGUAGCAUUUACAUUUCUCUGCUACGUGGCAGUAUCAUUCCUCACAGCUGCCACAAGCUCACCAGGGCUCUUGCAGAAUGAUUUCAUCUUUAUGAUGCCCAUCAACAUCUGGCCGCCGUUUGUCGCCUUGGGAAUCCUUAUGGCCACUUUCUCUGCAAGCCUCAGUAACCUGAUUGGUUCUAGCAGAGUUCUGGAGGCACUUGCCAAGGAUAAUGUUUUUGGAUUCAUACUGCAGUUUGUAGUAAAGGGGACAUGGCGUGGAAACCCGGUUGCUGCGGUUCUGGUGUCGUGGGUGCUGGUGGAACUGAUCAUGUUGAUAGGCUCACUCAACACCAUCGCCCAGAUUAACUCAGUUCUGUUCCUGCUCUCAUAUCUUGCCACUAACCUUGCGUGCCUUGGCCUGGAGAUGGCGUCAGCCCCUAACUUUAGGCCAUCGUUCAAGUAUUUCACCUGGCACACAGCAUUUGUAGGCCUCAUUGGCACUCUAGUGAUGAUGUUCCUCAUUAACAGCGUCUACGCAUCCACUGCUAUCGUGUUGUGCCUUGUGCUGGUCAUCAUCCUACACCUUUUCUCCCCCUCACGUGAGGCCCACUGGGGCUCAAUUUCACAGGCACUCAUAUUCCAUCAGGUACGGAAGUAUCUGUUGUUGCUCGAUUCUCGGAAAGAUCACGUCAAGUUCUGGAGGCCUCAAAUGCUGCUUUUAGUUGGAAACCCGCGGUCCUCAUGUCCACUUAUCCAGUUUGUGAAUGAUCUGAAGAAGGGGGGCCUGUAUGUGCUGGGGCACAUCAAGGUGGGGCAGUUAUCAGACAUCGAGGUGGAUCCAACACUUGAUGAGUAUGCACACUGGCUCACUUUGAUCGACUGCUUGAAGGUGAAAGCUUUUAUUGAGUUGACGGUUGCUCACUCAGUGCGUGAAGGUUUGCAACAUAUGAUCCGUAUGUCAGGACUUGGAGCCAUGAAGCCCAACACAAUUGUACUUGGCUUUUUUGAUGAGGAGCUGCCGUGUGACUUCUUUGAAGACAGUGGCUCAUCAUAUAGCACAGAUGUGUUCAGAAAUGUGUACACAAACAGUGGUCGCAGUGUGUUCACACUACGCUCCUCUGCAAGUGAGAAGGCUCUGGGUGCAAUUGAGUAUGUUGGUAUGGUGACAGAUACACUGAAGAUGAGAAGGAAUGUUUGUCUGUGUCGUCACUUCCAUAAUCUGGACAAGAAAUUGAUAGCCAAGUCAUUGAGCAUGAAGUUCAUUGAUGUGUGGCCUGUGAAUUUCUUUCAACCAGAUGACGAAGAUCCAUUUGACACAACCAGUCUCUUCAUGUUGCAGUUGGCCUGCAUCAUCAACAUGGUUCCUGGCUGGAAGAACCUCCACUUGAGGGUGUUUCUGUGUGAAAAUAAUCGCCAGCAGGAUGACACUGGCACCAACGACUCAUCCAGUGUGCCUUUCCGUUCAAAUGUACAUCGUCUUCGCCAGCUUCUUCAGAUGCUACGCAUAGCUGCCACCAUUCAAGAGGUUCCUGGAUGGGGUCAACAGGCAGCAGUGCUACAAGGGGGCUCUGUCUUGGAGCAGAUGUCGCCACAUCCAAGGAGGCACAGAGCAGACAGCUUCAAGAAUGAACAGCUAGACAAUGCUGUCAGGGUCUACCUGCUCAGCGUGAACCAACUACUGCGACAGCACUCGGAGCAGACCGUGGCCAGCUUCCUUUAUCUGCCAGUGCCACCUCAUGGAGAAGAAGCUGCAGUAUAUCCCACUUAUCUGCAGCUGCUCACAGAGUUAACGGCUGACUUGCCACCCACUGUCCUGGUGCACGGUGUAAGUGCAGUCACGUCCACAACAUUGUAAGAUGAUGACUGCCGGAAUGCACGUGGCAUAAUGCAGGAAGAUGGAAAUACUCGUAUGUGGUGCUGUGGUUUUGUACCAGUCUUCAUCUUGCAUGUUUCUCCAUGCAGGUGAGCCAACCAGAAGAAACAGAGACUGUCACUUUAACUACGAUGUGAGAUUCGAGGUUGUCGUGGCAGUGAAGAUGACAGUGUUGUUCUGGGUGAUGGAGCCAUGUAGACUCGUAGGUAGGUACCAACAUUUUGGAGAAACAUACCGUCUCCAAAACAUUGGUAUCUACCUAUGAGUCUACAUGGUGUUAUAACCCAGAAGAACAUCAUCAUAACUUUACUAUGUUUUGUAGCGUGCGGUUGCCGGAACUCCAUGGCAUGCGAACGGUUUCUCCAUAACCUUUGCUGUACACAUUUGCCAGUAUUAAUUUUCUUCUUGGUUCAUUUUUUGUGUCUAAUUUAAGCCAUUUUUCCAUAAUGGAAUGGAUGUUGUCUGUGCGGAGAAAAACAACAGUUUUGCAAUAUGAUUUUAUCAGUGGAGACCGAGUCAUUGUUUUAACUUUUAUAUGCCUUUAAUACUGCAGAUAUUUUAAAGGCUUGACAACGUUUGCUGAAUUGCAGGAACAGAUUUUGAAAUUAUGGCAGACUGAAACACUGAUCUGAAGACAUGAUAAAACAAUCAAAAAUCUAUAGUGACAAGUUGAACAUUGUAACAUUGGACCCCAGCAUGGAAUGAUCUGUAUUCAUAUGUAAUAAUGAACUUCUAAUUUUGCGUAAUAUCCCAGCAGUAUAAUUCAGUAUCUAAAUCUGUUAGUUUCCACUCAUUCUCAUUAGUAAUAGGGACAUUGAUUUAUUUGCUCUGAAAAUCAUUAACUGACAAUAUAUGAAACAGAGAGUGUUCAAGAGUAAAGAUUUUGCAUAAUGAAGGUAUUUUUAACACACUUGUUUUAAUAGCAAACUGUUCAAACCCAUCAUAAAUCAGAUUACUGUUCACCUAUAUGAACUGUAAAUGAUGGUUACAUGCAUGACUAUAGGCUAGGUACACAGUUUUUCUUGUAAAGACCUAAAAAUUUGGAAUUGACUCAUGAAUUGACCAUUCCAUGCAUUUUGACAUGACAUAAUCACCUAAAAGUGUAGAGUUGUAGACCAUUUUGUUUUGUAUUUAAUCUAGGAAAUCACUGGUUUUCUGCUGUAUUUUGUAACAGAAACCAUACUUGCUGUUGUGUUUUUACUUCUAUCAGUAAUAUUUAAUAGGUAAAAAUCCUCAAAAACAGUUCUGAAUAACAAAAGAAAUUAUAAUUAGAAAGUGAUUGAAAACAAAUAUAUUAGAAAAUCAUGUUAAGUUGUACAUUGGUGGCUGUCAAAUGCAAAGAUGUGUUAUAAACAAAGUUUCUGAUCUGUUAUAUACGAUAGAAAACUAAUUUCUUGCCAUCAGCGACAUUGAGCGUAGCGGAACUGCAUAUGACACACUAACUUUUAUUUGGUUCCAGAUAUUCUGGAGUUUAGUCUGGUCAAAUUGCGAGUGACCAGUCUUCUGGAAAUAAUGCCCUGAUAUGCUUACGCAGACUUUCAUUUUCUCUUCUCCAGAGAAUGUCAGUUUUGUGUGAAGUAAUAAUUGACCUGUUAUCCUGUCUAAUUGGAAUUUCUUAUGAGUGCUUUUUUCGUAGUUACAAGAGCAGAGAAAUUACAAGCAUUAAAAUAGAAUUAAGUGUAUAGUCUGAAGUUUUAGUUGUUUUCAGAUCUGUGCUGCACUGCCACAAUAUGAACUUAACAGAUUCACACCUUGCUUAUAUUUUCUGAUGACCAUAGUAGCUUGAGGGCACUUUUGUCCCAGUAAUAUUUGUCCAUACAACUUAAAAGACUCCAUGUAAUGGAUGUAAAAUUAUUUUUAUUAUUAUAUAAAUAUUACUGCUGUGUGAUUUUUAUAACAUAACAUUUUGAAACUGCUGUUUGAGGUUCCAGAAUCUGAAUGCAGUUGGGUGCUUGUGAACAAUUUUAUUGAUAUCUAUAUAAUACCAACAUUAUCACUGGAGGAAAGUAGAUACUCAAGUAUUCAAUUCAGUAUUAUUAAAUGAUAUAUCAGUCUGUCUGUAAUUUAUUGAAGGAACUGAUGAUUGUCCAUACUGGCAUACAGCAGUGGAAGUUUGUUUGCUUAAUAUAUCUUUUAAAACUAAUUUGCCUUCAGCUCUCUUCCAGUGUUCUCAAGUUACCUCAGGAAUAAGAAGCCUAACAUGUAACUCAGAGAUUCCUGGUUUUAAUCUGUUGGCUGUCUUGACAUUUUUUCUUUAUUUUAUUCUUUCCUUGAGAUGAUGUGACCUGUCUCUGAAGAUGGCUGUCUUCUGGUUUGUUGUGCUGUAAUGGUUGACAUUUUAGAGGUGCUUGCUGCCUCCAUCAUUAGGUUACAAAUUUCCAGAAGAUAGCCUUCUCUAUACUUACUGUCAUGCAAACGUAAAGUCUCAAAAUAAGGGUAUUACAUUAUAAUGAAUUCUUCUUGGGCUACCAGGCAAGUCUGGUGUUUGAGAGGUGUGUAGCCCUAGAAGGAUUCAUUAUACUUUGCCACCAUAAAAGUGUCAGAUCAUACAUUGUAUUACAUUAUGUAGAUAGUGUCAGAGUAUUUCUAGUACACACAGAUUGUGAUGUGUGCCCCUUAUGUUUCUGUAUAUUUUGAUUCUCAAUAUCAAUCCAGGGAUAGACAACUAGUGAUUCACUGACCAUAUGUUUCAGAACCCCAUGAAGUUUUAUUACAGUAUUUUCACAUUAAAUUUAUGUAUAAAUCAUGAAGUUCAUUGGCGUGCAAUGCAUAGUGGGAGGAUGCUGUAUUAAUUUGUGUAAUGUCUGCAAAUUAAAAUAGCAAGUCACUCUCAUAGCCUUAUUCUUUAGUUCAUCUGUGCCUUACAGCUUUCAGAGUAUCCAGCGUACUUACAUAUUUAAGUGUUACUGUAUAAGAUGCAAUAAAUUUAGUAUCCUUAUAUUUUGCUUAA